AUGUUCUUAAAUGCAGAAUUUUUUUUUUUUUUUUUUCAGAUCUCCAUUCUGUACAUUAGACUAAGUCAAGUAUCAAUGUUUGUUCGAAGACUACAUAAGUUCAGCUACAACCCCAACUACAAGUUCAAAUGUGGCCUUGAAAUUCACACUCAAUUAAAAACAAAAUACAAGUUAUUUUCAUUGUCUCCAACAAGUUAUAAUGAACCCCCAAACACAAAACUAAGUUAUUUUGAUGUAGGACUACCAGGGACACAACCAUUAUUGAAUCCUGAAGCAUUGCUAUUGGCAUUGAAAGCAUCCGUUGCAUUAAAUUGUGAGAUACAACUGCACUCAUCAUUUGAUAGAAAGCAUUAUUUUUAUGCUGAUCAACCUUUGGGAUACCAAAUAACGCAACACUAUUACCCUUUGGCAAAAAAUGGAUACGUCCAAUUAAACAAGUUUGAUGAUGUACCUGAUAAGGUAAUCACAUUAGAGCAAGUACAACUAGAACAGGAUACAGGAAAAACAGUGAAUUAUGACGACAGAAUAAAUGUCGAUUUAAAUAGAGCAAACACGCCUUUGAUUGAAGUUGUAACGAAACCCGAUUUUGAAAACAUAGAUCAGGUGCAGGCUUUUGUUAGAAAGUAUCAAUUGCUAGUGAGGCAUUUGGAUAUAUGUACUGGUGAUCUAGAGACAGGUGCAAUCAGGGUUGAUGCCAAUAUAAGUGUCAACGACAACCCGAGAGUAGAGAUCAAAAACUUGGGUAGUUCCGGUGAAAUUGUGGAUGCAUUGAAAUAUGAAUACAAUAGACAAGUGACUUUACUACAAAAUAAUGAAACAAUAGUACAAGAAACCAGAGGCUGGAAUGGAACUGGAACUGAAUCACUCAGAAAAAAGGAAAACGCUGUGGAUUAUAGAUACGUUCCAGAUUCAGAGUUACCCGUAAUUCGACUUGACAGUCAUAUACAAGAACAAUUGGAAAAUACACUUGACGAAUUGCCUGAUUCUGUUCUUGAUAGGCUAACAAAAGAACCUUAUAAUUUGCAGCUAGCUCAUGCAAGAAACUUGUUGUUUCAACCAGAAGUAUUAAAUUAUUAUGAGAACAUUUUUGGAAGAAUAAGAGAUGCAAACAAAUGGUUUUUUCAUGAGCUUUUAGCUGCUUUUGCAAAGAGUGAUGUUCAAUUUCAAGUUGACAUUGUCCUGACAAAUAUGCUUGUUGAUAUUGUCCUGGCUGUAGAAAAGAAUGAAAUUUCGUUAACUGGAGCAAGAAUUAUCCUAAAGCACAUAAUACGGAAUAAAUCAUUCAGUACUUUACCACAUCUUAUUAAAGAACUUGAUAUUGGCAAGCCAGAAGCUUCUGCUGAGUUAGAUGAUACAAUAAACGAAAUUUGCCAGCAAAUUAUCAAUACAAAUGCUGAUGUUGUCGAGAAAAUUGCCCGUGGCCAUGCUAAUGCUCUACAAGUUCUAAUUGGUCAGGCCAUGAAGGCCACGAAAGGUAAAGUACACGCAAAAGAAUUUAGAUCAAAAUUUAUGGAGCUACUUAACCAAUGA